GCACGACACGUGUAUCCCACAAGACGGCACGCGCAUCCCAUUCUCCCCGUAAAUCCCUCCGAAGUGCCAAUCCACUUCUCCGACGAUAGCACAGAGACUGUUUUCAACCCAAAAGUCUGCGUCUUCCUGGACUUUACAGAGCUUUUUUGAAUGAAGGUGUUUCAGUUCGGAUAACUAUUAAGGGGGCGGGAUACUAGGGUUAGGGCUUUCGGCUGGAUGCAAUUUCGUACCGGGGAAUGCAGAUGGCUGCGGCGCAUCAAAGGUCAGUGUAUCUCACCGCCCUAUCUCAGGAGAUCGAGAGGAAACUCCAAAAGGCGCUGAACUCUCCGUCCCAAAGGCUUCAACUGUUGCAGCAACUGUUUGCCGAUAUAGCGCUAGAGAUUGAUGACCGAGCAAGAGAAAUAAUUCUUAGCAAGGAUGAAGAUAAAGUCACUGAUGCAGAUGAAAUUACUGAAAGCCGCUUAUGCUUUUAUGAUGUUAUGGCAAAUCAUUUUGUCAUUAAGCCUGAAAAUGGGCAGCGCAUUCUCAAUUUGAUUGUUCUAUUAUGGAGCCAAUCUUUUGCUUCGCAUAUAUUUUCCCUUCUUUUCCAUAAAUGGUUAUUUGAAAUUCCUAUUGAAAAUCCUGAAGCUCUCUUGAGAUAUGGUUCUGCUCUUGUUCAAGGUGCUACUAAUGUCUUCUGGUAUGCAAUUUUAUUUUAUAUUUUCUUUUUUCAGCAUGUAUGGCAGGUUUGCCUUGUAUUGGGAAACUAUGUUUUGAGCCUCAACGCUCGUCGAGAUCUGUUUAAUCUUCUUUCAAGAUUUUUAUUCUUUUACAACUUCGAUCACUUGCUUGAAAGAUUCUUGAAACAUUUUCCUAUCUUUACGAAUGCAUUUCUGAUUGGUGGUCCUGUCGAUGUUUUUGUGAUCGAGCUUACUGAUCAGGUACAGAAGGUUGAGCCAGUACUUCUGCACUACCUCUCCAGUUUGAGAGCCCUCCAAGGUAUUGAAUUGAGAAUGACUACGAGUACGAGACUGAAGGCCUGUCUUUACAGUUUUACGUCGCCCGGAGGGCCUAUGUAUCCUACACGAGCUGUUCGCCAUGCAGCCUGGGAUUCUUUGGAUCUUUUAUUUCCCGUUGGGCAAUAUCCAAGGCAUGUUAUUAGCCUUUUCUUCAGGCUGCUUUAUCCCUGGUAUUGGCCAUCCUCCUGCUGGAACUUCAUCAAAGUGUGUAUAACAACCAUCAUCCACUCUCUACUUAGACUGCUCUUUUCAAGUUGGGAAAGAAUCACCAAAUCAACGAAUGAUUGAACCCCCAAAUAUAUUCAUCCCCAUGCUCUGUUUUCGUGGGACUUAGAAUGAAGAAGUUAUGAAUACGAGCUGAUAUGCACGUGCGUGUUUGCGUGUUUGCGUGUGUGCGUGUGUGAUUAUUUGUUGUUCUUGAAUUAGUACAUAUUUGAUGAUUGGGAUGUUGAAUUGUGCUUGUUCUUUGGGAGAUUGCGAUGUAUGAGAUUAAAUGUAAUGGUUAGAUCAGGGUUUAUGAAGCACAUACAAAGAUGCAGGCAUCACAAAGGGCAUGUAACAUUUGUUAUGCUUGUUCUUUUGGAGGUUGCGAACUACGGGAAUAAUUGUAAUGGUUAGAUUAAUGUUUAUGACGCACAGAAAGAAACAUGUAUGAGCGUCACACGAGCAUGAAGAAAAGUUAGAUGUGGCAUAAUCCUACACAGUGAG